CCGCCAUUGGCUACCUCUAUAUAAAGCUAUAGUGUAUGUUUACAAAAGAUCACACACACAAGUAGUAAAACAAAACAAAAAAUGGCAAACAUUAUCUCACUCUCGGCGUUCAUCAUCUCCAUCUUUUUCCUCAUCUCCACCGCUAAAGCCGUCAGAUUCGACAUCCUGAACCAAUGUGGUUACACCGUUUGGGCCGCCGCCAGCCCUGGAGGUGGCCGGCGUCUAGAUCCUGGCCAGUCAUGGCCACUAGAUGUUGCGGCUGGCACACGUAUGGCACGUAUUUGGGGUCGGACAAAAUGUAAUUUUGACUCUUCGGGACGUGGCCGAUGCGAAACCGGUGAUUGCACUGGUGGACUUCAAUGCACCGGUUGGGGCCAGCCACCAAACACGUUGGCUGAGUACGCUUUGAACCAAUUUAACAACAUGGACUUCUACGACAUCUCACUUGUUGAUGGAUUUAACAUCCCUAUGGAAUUUAGCUCGAAUUGCAAGCGGAUACUAUGUAACGCGGACAUAAACGGACAGUGUCCAAACGAGUUGAGAGCCACAGGAGGUUGCAACAACCCCUGCACAGUGUUCAAGACGAACCAAUACUGUUGUACGAACGGGCAGGGAUCAUGUGGCGCCACUGAGUUCUCAAGGUUCUUCAAACAGAGGUGUCCAGACGCCUACAGCUAUCCACAAGACGACCCGUCCAGCACUUUCACUUGCACUAACACUAACUACCGGGUCGUGUUUUGUCCUAGAUAGGUGCUAGGGCCUAGACUAUCUCAACACCAGUGUGUACGUAGGUAUGCACGUACGUGUAACGUGUGUAUUAAAUAAUUGAGAGACUAUCAACGCGUAAUGGAUAAUAAUGAAGGCAAUAAUAAUUACGUAUGUAUCCUUUAUACAGAAAAAAGAAGAAAGAAUAAUAACAAUUACGUAUAAGUUGAAUUCGUUUCUGUAUUUCCAUUUCUUCCGGUACACAUGUUAAAAUAUCUCUUCAUCUCUAUUGUCUGUUUGUGUGUAUGUGUGUCUA